AUGCCACACAGAGCUGUAACCGGCGCAGGCGCAGGACCAGUCCCAGUGCCCGGUCAAACACCCACACUCACCGCCGCCGUCACAACCCCAGGCCAGUCUAGUGGAGUGCUUGAUGGCAGUACUAUGGAGGACCUUGAAUUACAGGCUGAAGCCGAAUUAGCUGCUCUAGAAGCCAGUCAACAAGCCAACGGCAAAGAUACAGUAGUACCUGCCGCGGCAAUGAGUACGCCAAUGACGGCCGGCAGCAAUAUCCCGGGUAUGCAUCCCUCGCGGUUGGCGGGUAUACAUCCAUCACGCAUGCCAAAUAUCCCAACACCAACAGCUUCCGUGCCGGCUGCGCCCGUUGUGCCGUUCAUGCACCCGUCUCGUAUGCAGGUACAGUGGAACAGGGGAGCGGGCAACACCCUUCCUCCAGCGCAGAUAAGCCCACAGCAGCCAGUCGCAACACCCAAUACACCCGCGCAUAAGUCAGGCGCAGCAAGGGCGUCCACCUCUUCCUCUGCCACUGUGGCUGAGGAGGCGAUGGCCGCAGCUACGGGCCCGCAGACACCGCAGGAGUGGGCGGCGCAAGCACAGGCGCAUGCUCAGGCGCAAUUGGCGGCGCAUAAAUUAGUGCAGCGGGAACAGCGUCAAAAGCAACAGCAACAGCAGCAGCAACCAACGCAUUAUCAGAAUCAAUAUCAGAAUCAGAAUCAGAAUCAAUACCAGAAUCAGAAUCAGAGCCAGUUUCAGAAUCAAUACGAGAAUCGAGGGCAGGGAUACGGGCAGUAUCAACAACCGGGACAAGCACAAUGGGGUGCUCCUGCGCAAACACAGCAAACACCGAUGGCUAGUUCCCCAGCUUUGAGUGCCACUUCUAACACAAAUCAGCCACAACAAAACCAAUGGAGUCAGUCCAUGGGACAACCACAGCCACAACAACAACAGCAGUACACUACCCAGAUUGGUGUCGAUAACAGUACAUACACCCAAGGUCAAGUAGACACAGCCACAUCACAACAGACAGCUCCAACAGGUUCACUUCAGCAGCAAUGGCAGCAGAGCCAACAUGCUCAAACAUCCGCCCAAGGACAGGCCGGACAAACGCAACAGGACUGGCAACAAGCACAGCCUCACGGGCAAAUCCAGGGAACACCUCAACAGGCGCAAUGGGGUGCUACUGGUGCGUCGCAGUGGGCACCACCACAAACAGACCCUACGAGUCAUACAAAUGAUCAGCAAUUCUCACAAUCCCAACAGAACUCGCAGUCGGGUCCAGCAGCGCCACAUUGGGGACCUCCGACUCAGUCUAAUAAUAGUACUCAGUGGGGUGCGCAGGCUCAAUCGACGCAGAGCCAGACUGUUGCACAAGGGGGCAGACUUCCCAGCGAUGAUACACCCUACGUACAACCUUUACCCUCGGGCGGAAAUGAUUGGUCACGGCAGCAACGAGCGCCACCACAGCAGUACAACAACCAGGCAAAACCCCCGGCACAAGGUUGGGGAGGCCCAAGUGAUGCUAGCGUGAACAAAGCUGCAGGUAGUGAUGCGGGUUCUCAUUAUGGCAAUUACAUUUCUGGGCCUCUCAGCGCCCCCACGGAUUACAGUAGCAACUAUGAUGGUAUUAACACACAGCCCAGCUCCAGCUUUACCGGCCGUGCCUCGGGCCCACUCUCUGGGCCGCCUCCGGGACGCGAAAGUCAGGGUCAGUACCGUGGAGAUUCACGUCAGCAACACCAGGGCUCGUACAAUCAAUCAUCCGGAGGUAAUCGAGCGUCAGCACGAUACUAUUGAAAUGAAAUGACGUCAGAGUAGCUGUUGUCUGUGUGUACAUAUCGGGGAGGGUGUGUUUGGAGUUCGUGUAAAGUAUACGUGAUGGACGACCGAUCGGAGAGUAAAUAUGAGAGUGCCAGCACAUUUGGUUAACUUGUAUAAUGCACAUGGGCGUGACUGUAUGAGAGCAUCGCCUGUGCGUACAGGUUUGCACACGGGCAUGUGCUCUGCAAAGUUCUUGCAUUGAAUAUGGGGUUUGAGUCAGGACGUCGCAGAGAGCAUGGCCUGUGCGCACAGGUUUGCACACGGGCGUGUGCUCUGCAAGGUUCUUGCAAUGAAUAGGAGGUUUGAGUUAAUACGUCGCACCGCGCAUUGUGCCUGUUGCACAGUCGCCAUGUACCGAUCAAGGCAGAGCCAGGGGAAUGACCGGUAAAUACUUGGUUAUUAAACAGUUUGAAAUGCGAUUGACUGUCGUGACAAGCUCAUCCCUCUUGCUGAG